AUGCGGCCCUUCCACCUGCCACGCUCCGCUACCUCCCCCGAUCUCCCAUCUUCUCCUACCGAUUCCACCACCAGCCCAGCACACGAAAAUGCAAUAAACAGAGAUGGAGCCAUAAGCCGCGUAGAUCGGUAUUCACGAAUCAUACCACCUGCCCCAACAAAUCCACCACCUCCUCCUAAAAUUGCCAAUUCCUCUCGUCCUAGCGGUUUACGCCACGUAACACUUGCUUCUGAAAUCAAAACUACCAUGAAAAAUAGCAUGGAAUUAUCGAUAUCCUCAACCGCAUCCUCUCUUUCUACCCCGCAAACAUCUCUUCCUACUGAUCAUGGAAUGCAGCGGAAAAAUCGCUUUCGUCUCAAUACCGCGCGUCAGGGAAUGCAAAAAGCUUUUUCUAGUAUGCGCACGCAUGCUAGUCCUUCUAAUAUUGCUGGACUUUCUUUGCGCAAAAAGGGUUCGGUUUCUGGCUCUGGAGUUUCUGCUGAGAUGGUGCCUGGGAGCUCUGCAGGUUCUGCGGGCUCUGUGGGCUCUACGGAGAAAAUAUCAAUAGGUGCUCCUACGGGAAUGAUUAAGAAGACACCUGAGGAGAUACAAGAAAUUUUGAGACAAUUGGGUGUUAAUGGUAAGGAUCUUUCUUCUAGUGGCGGAAGUAGUGGAAGUUUUCAUAAAAACGCUGUUUUCGGUGAGGAUGUGGGGAUUGCUGCGAGAGGAGAUAGGGUAGGAGACGGAAAGGGCAAAGUACAAAAGGAAAAAAGAACUACAAGAGCUAAUUCUACAACUUCUCAAUCAACAUCUAAUUCUAGAUCGAAAUUUAUAAUUUCUAGUAAUAUUCUUCCCUAUCCCAAAAUAUCAACAUCAACAUCAACGUCCGCACCAAAACCAAAAGUCAAACUAAGCGCAAAACAACGCGGUAAACUCCCCGCUCGAUCUCCCUCCCCCCCUCCACCAUCUUCAACACUUUCUCCAGAACCAGAACAGGAAAAGAAACCAGUAGGUUGGUACACUACAGCUACACUUGAUGAAAUCCGCGCAACGCUUCCUCCAGUCAGAAAAGAAGAUUUGAUUCCUGAUGAGGAGAUUCCGGAAUUUGUGGAGGGAUUAAUGAGAGAUUUUGAGGUGUUGAAGUGGGUUAGUGAGUGGAGGAGUGGGUUGUUGGAUGAGGAGAUUGAAGAGAUGAGGAGGGUGGGGUUGGGGGGAGGGGGAGAUGAGGAUGAGGAUGAGGAUAAAGAUGAGGAUAAAGAUGAUCACGAGAAUUAUGAUGAUGAGGAUGAGGAAUAUGAGGAAGAUGAAGAAGAAGAAGAAUACACCUGGCCCGAAACCAGUAAAAUAAACCCCCGCUUCAUAGAGAGCGGCUGGUGCCAAGAAGAAAUAAGCAGUUCUGGAAUUGGAGCCCGCUGGUUUAUAUUCGACGAUGUGGAGAAUAUACUCGGAGGACCUAAAUGUCCGCUUACGCAUGCAGCUGACGAUGUUGAAGAUGAUGAAGAUGAAUAUCGCGAUGAAGUUGAGGAUCAGGAUGAGAUUAAGUAUGAGCAGAUCACAGAGACACGGAGCAUGAUUGGGGAAAGCGAAGAAAGCAUGAGGGGAGAUGAUCGAUAUGGAUUUGAAGAGGAUUUCGCAGCAGAAGAAGAAUUUGAUGAGGAUGCGAGACAGAUUACUCGAGAGGAGAUUUUGAGGGGGGAGUUUAAGUUUACGCAGCUUGAGAUUUUGGAGAGGAGGGGAUGA